AUGUCGGAGCCCGAGGCUUCCGUUAUGACAUUCUUGGUAUCCCUAGCGAUAAAUUUUGGGAACCCCGAUCAUGUCACUAUUGAAGAUCCAAACAAUAUCGACGACGACAUUCUAGGCGGCACGAGCGAGAUCAACCUGAUUCUUCGUACCUACGCUAGUGCCCAUACCACUUUAAAGAAUCUUAUGGAAUACCUCGCACUCGUCCAAGGCCCCAACAAGAGCAUUCUGGGACCAAUCAUUGCAACGAACUUUGAAAAAUACCCUGAACAGCGCAAUCAACUUCGCUGGGUCUUCAUGACAGAAAACAGGUUUGCUAGCGAAACGAAGCUAGUCAACCCCCGCAAGGGCCAGUGGUGGCUGAAGUAA